GUUGGCCUAAAAACCCGCGCGACCACCAUCCGAUUGAGUAGUGGCCAUUGGCCAGUCGGAAUGCAGCCCUUUCUUGAGCGGCCAUGGCAAGCCGAGGCUUGGGCCGCAAAGGCGCUGCCGCCCAGGCGGCAGCACGUGCGGCCGCGGUGGUCGCCAAGGCGAGUAUUGCACGGGGAGGUGACGCGAAUCGCUCGGAUUGCCUCAUCGAGGUAGCAGACGUCGAGCAGGUGUUGCCGGGCUCCGAUGAGGCAUGGGCUGCCAAGGUCAAAGUCAUGCUACAACAGGUAUUUCGGAGAUAUGGCCCGGUUCUGGAUGUGCGUGUUCCGACAGGUGAGGCCAACCCCAUUGUGGGCAUUCGUUUUGCCAACGCCAAAGCUGCAGAGGCAGCGAUGGUGGCCGCCUCGCAGGGCUUCCUGGCCAUCCACGAUGCUGAAGUGCGGCUUUGCCAGCCUUUGUCCCGCGAGGUGAUUUGGCGCACCUUCCCAUCAGCUCGGCGCCGAAGAGGUGAACCACCCACUGAGCCGAAGAAGAAGAAGCUCCGGCCCAACGAGCGCUUUGCUCCACCGCGUCUGCCGGCUGAGAUGGUGGACGAGACGACCGCGUCUGCGCCCCCAACAGUCCCAGCGCCGGCGCCGGCGCCGCCACCGAAGGAGCCUGAAGUUCCUUUGCAGCACAUACCGCCCGACCCACCCAGGCCGGCUCCAUUUGAAGCGGGUCCGGCUGCAUCCGAAGAAGACUUGAAGGUCGAAGCCGGUGAGGCGAAGGUGGCGAAGGAAAUGGCCGGACUCCUGGAACAGCCUUUUUCCAAGCAAAAGAAGGCCCUGAAGGCGAUUCGCCUGCAGUGGCAUCCAGACAAGAACCCGGACGAUGCAGCGGUGGCGACGCGCGUGUUCCAGUUUGUCCAGGCACAUGAUGCUUGGCUUGCCCACCAUGGCUUAGCUUGAGAA